AUCCGAAGUGUCCCGGGACUCCGAGCUGCUUCUCUCCUGCUCCCCUCCACUUCUUCUUUAGGAUUUUGUUUCUCAGGGAUGGCCGCAUCUGUUCUGGAGGUAGGGAAUGUAAUUGAAGACGCACGCUAUGGCUCCAGUCCUCUGGCUAUGCUAACCGCUACCUGUAACAAGUUUGGUAGCACCAGCCCCAUCAGGGAUUCAGCCACACCUGGUAAAACCGGCAGCUCUCCGAUAAAGAAGCAGUACACCAUGACCUCUGAUCUUCAGACAGCUAAGAACGGGCGGACUUUAGAUGGCAGUGGCCUGGCAGACUCCUACACUGGCUCAUUCACCACAGCUGGAGGAGGUGGUGGGCUGCUUACUCCCACUGGAAGCCCUCCUCCCUCUGCCGGAGGCUACGCUUCCGAAUACAACCCUUUCUCCCACUCCUUCCAGACCUCAGCCUCUCAGGACCCAUCUCUUUUAGUGUCCAAGACCCACGCUACAGCUGACUGUCUCACCAGUGUCUAUACCUCGCUGGAUAUGACACACCCUUAUGGCUCCUGGUAUAAGGCCGGAAUCCACCCUGGUAUAACUGCUGCUCCUGCUAAUGCCACGUCCUCCUGGUGGGACGUCCACUCCAACUCCAACUGGCUGUCAGCGACUCAGAACCAGGCCGAUGGAGGUCUGCAGGCUUCUCUUCAGCCCGUGGCACCACAGGCAUCCCUUAGCCCACAGCUGCCAAGUUACAGCUCUGACUUUACACAACUCAACCCAGCUCCUUACCCUUCUGUGGGACUGGGCUCCUCCUCACAUCUCCUCCAACCUACCCAGCACAUGCUGCCCCAGGACAUGUACAAGCCCAAGCCUGUGCCAAGCGCAGGGCUAAUUGAGAAUCCCAUGGGCCUUAAGCCUGCUAGGGGAUCAGGGGGUUAUGGUGGAGGGGCUACACCCAGCAGGUCUUCAUGUGACUGCCCCAACUGCCAGGAGCUGGAGAGGCUGGGCGCUUCAGCAGCAACCCUCAGGAAGAAACCAGUCCACAGUUGCCACAUUCCAGGCUGUGGGAAAGUCUACGGCAAGGCCUCCCACCUAAAGGCUCACCUGCGCUGGCACACCGGCGAACGGCCCUUCGUCUGCAACUGGCUGUUCUGUGGGAAACGCUUCACCCGCUCAGAUGAACUGGAGAGGCAUGUGCGCACCCACACGCGAGAGAAGAAGUUUACUUGUCUUCUGUGCAACAAACGUUUCACACGCAGCGACCACCUCUCCAAGCAUCAGAAAACCCAUGCCGACUCCGCCAUACAGGGCAAAGCUGUAGGCGUGGAGGGAGACGCCGAUCCUCGGAGCGAAGAGACCGCAGAGCUCAACUCCAACACCGUCCCCACCAAUCCAGUCACUGACCAAAUCACCAACGGCGAAGAGAAGAGUGGAGCACCUAAUGGAGUGGAAAACAGCAGUGGGUUGUUGGAGAUCUAACCCCAACAAGUCCUCUAUGCAAUACACGUUUGCCAUAUUACAGAUUUGUUUUAAUGGAGAAAAUUUUACUUGUCUAAUAAAAAAAGAAAAUAAGGUAUAUUUGUCCUCAAACUACACAUAGAAGUUUAGAAAAGACUAAAUAUGCUAAAUACGUGAACGUUACAAGAAAAUGUUUUAUUUCUUCUGAACCACACAAACAAGGAAAAAAAAUAUGCAAGCUCUGUAAAAGCACAUGUGGACAAAUUCACACACACACACACACACAGACUCGCACAAUCAAACUCCAAGGUAUAAGAACACAGAUGCACACAUGGACACACUUGCACGCACAAAAAUAACUUUGAGCAAAUGUGUAAGCAUAUAUAAUGCAUUCAUGCAUUCAAGGGUAGCCACAAAAGCAUGCCUGUUCAGACACACAUAAAAGUAAACAUUGUCAUGUGAACAUUGAGUAGUCUGCACACAUUUUCUGCCUUUCAAAUGAGACAAACCACUGGGGGGGAAAUGUAAUCUGCAAAAGCAGAAGGAAAAGAGCUCUGAGGCUGCAAACAGAACGUGGCUUUAGAACAAGACUUAUGGUUGGGAUGAUGGAACUCGUGUAGCUUUGCCUGCUUGAAGAGAAAUCUGAUUUACAGCCAUACUUUCAUACAUAUUCAUUAUUAUAAGUGGACAGUCUCGCUUACAGUUCUUCUGUACAUUAUACUGCAGGUGUCAUAUUACACUUUUUACUGUUUGCUUCUUUCCAUGUCUAAUUUAAUUUUAUAUUUACACAAAUGAUCUAAUUUAAGUCUUAAAUUAUGUACGUGAAAGAUUAUCUUGCAUCCCGCAGGAAAUAUUAUACCUAAAAAAAAUGAAUGGGUAAAGCC